AUGGAGACCGGCGCCAGCCCACACCCGCUGCGCCUGUUCGUCUGCCUGAUGCCGCUCUGUCUCGCGCUUCUUUUGGGGCCCGGGCGGCCAGGGACCGCCGAAGAAGUCAUCCUUCUGGAUUCCAAAGCCUCCCAGGCUGAGCUGGGCUGGACUUCACUGCCAAAUAAUGGGUGGGAAGAGAUAAGCGGCGUGGACGAACACGACCGGCCCAUCCGCACAUACCAGGUAUGCAACGUGCUGGAGCCCAACCAAGACAACUGGUUGCAGACUGGCUGGAUCAGCCGCGGCCGUGGGCAGCGCAUCUUCAUAGAGCUGCAGUUCACACUGCGCGACUGCAGCAGCAUCCCCGGUGCCACGGGCACCUGCAAGGAGACCUUCAAUGUCUACUACCUGGAAACGGAGGCUGACCUGGGCCGUGGGCGUCUCCGCCCCGCCAGCAGCCGGCCGCGCAAAAUCGACACGAUCGCCGCAGACGAGAGCUUCACGCAGGGAGACCUAGGCGAGCGCAAGAUGAAACUGAACACAGAGGUGCGCGAAAUUGGCCCGCUCAGCCGGCGGGGUUUCCACCUGGCCUUCCAGGACGUGGGCGCAUGCGUGGCGUUGGUUUCUGUGCGCGUCUACUAUAAGCAGUGCCGAGCCACCGUGCGGGGCCUGGCUGCUUUCCCAGCCACCGCGGCCGAGGGCGCCUUCUCCACUCUGGUGGAGGUGACCGGAACAUGCGUGGCGCACUCGGAAGGUGAGCCCAGCAGCCCCCCGCGUAUGCACUGUGGUGCUGAUGGUGAGUGGCUGGUGCCUGUGGGCCGCUGCAGCUGUAGUGCGGGAUUCCAGGAGCUCGGCGACGUCUGUGAAGCCUGCCCCCCAGGGUUUUAUAAGGUGUCCCCGCGGCGGCCCCGCUGCUCACCAUGUCCUGAGCACAGCCGGGCCCUGGAAAACGCCUCCACGUACUGCGUGUGCCAGGACAGCUAUGCGCGCUCGCCGACCGACCCGCCCUCGGCUUCCUGCACCCGGCCGCCGUCGGCGCCGCGGGACCUGCAGUACAGCCUGAGCCGCUCGCCGCUGGCGCUGCGGCUGCGCUGGCUGCCGCCGGCCGACUCAGGAGGCCGCUCGGACGUCACGUAUUCUCUGCUGUGCCUGCGCUGCGGCCGCGAGGGCCCGGCGGGCGCGUGUGAGCCAUGCGGGCCGCGCGUGGCCUUCGUGCCGCGCCAGGCCGGGCUGCGCGAGCGCGCCGCCACGCUGCUUCACCUGCGGCCCGGGGCGCGCUACACCGUGCGCGUGGCAGCGCUUAACGGCGUCUCGGGCCCGGCAGCCGCCGCGGGAGCCACCUAUGCGCAGGUCACCGUCUCCACCGGACCUGGGGCACCCUGGGAGGAGGAUGAAAUACGUAGGGACCGAGUGGAGCCCCAGAGUGUGUCCCUGUCAUGGCGGGAGCCCAUCCCUGCUGGAGCCCUUGGGGCCAACGGCACGGAGUAUGAGAUCCGAUACUACGAGAAGGGUCAGAGUGAGCAGACUUACUCCAUGGUGAAGACAGGGGCACCUGCAGUGACUGUCACCAACCUGAAGCCUGCUACACGCUACGUCUUUCAGAUUCGGGCGGCGUCCCUGGGGCCCUCCUGGGAGGCCCAGAGCUUCAACCCCAGCAUUGAAGUGCAGACCCCAGGGGAGGCUGCCUCAGGGUCCAGGGAACAGAGCCCCGCAGUAGUCAUCACCGUGGUGACCAUCUCGGCCCUCCUCGUCCUGGGCUCCGUGAUGAGCGUGCUGGCUAUAUGGAGGAGGCCCUGCAGCUAUGGCAAAGGAAGUGGGGACGCCCAGGACGAAGAGGAGCUGUAUUUCCACUUCAAAGUCCCAACACGCCGCACCUUUGUGGACCCCCAGAGCUGUGGGGACCCACUGCAGGCUGUGCAUCUGUUCACCAAGGAGCUGGAUGCAAAAAGUGUCACGCUGGAGAGGAGCCUUGGAGCAGGGCGGUUUGGCGAGCUGUACUGCGGCUAUCUGCAGCUUCCCGGCCGCCAGGAGCUCCCUGUGGCUGUGCACAUGCUGUGGGACGGCUGCUCUGACUCACAGAGGCUCAGCUUCCUGGCCGAGGCCCUCACCCUGGGCCAGUUUGAUCACAGCCACAUCGUGCGUCUGGAGGGCGUCAUCACCCGAGGAAGCACCUUGAUGAUCGUCACUGAGUACAUGAGCCACGGGGCCCUGGACGGCUUCCUCAGGCAGCACGAGGGACAGCUGGUGGCCGGGCAGCUGAUGGGGUUGCUGCCAGGGCUGGCAUCGGCCAUGAAGUAUCUCUCGGAGAUGGGCUAUGUCCACCGGGGCCUGGCAGCCCGCCGUGUGCUACUCAGUAACAGCCUUGUCUGCAAGAUCUCUGGCUUUGGCCGGGGACCUCGAGACCGAGCUGAGGCUGUCUAUACCACCAUGAGUGGCCGGAGCCCCGCUCUGUGGGCUGCCCCAGAGACGCUUCAGUUUGGCCACUUCAGCUCUGCCAGUGAUGUGUGGAGCUUUGGUGUCGUCAUGUGGGAGGUGAUGGCCUUUGGGGAACGGCCCUACUGGGACAUGUCUGGGCAGGAUGUGAUCAAAGCAGUGGAGGAUGGCUUCCGGCUGCCACCCCCCAGGAGCUGCCCCUCCCCCCUGCAUCGACUGAUGCUUGACUGCUGGCAGAAGGACCCAGGUGAGCGGCCCAGGUUCACCCAGAUCCACAACAUCUUGAGCAAGAUGAUGCAGGACCCAGAGCCCCCGAAGUGUGCCACAACCACCUGUCCCAGGCCCCCCACACCCCUGGCGGACCGUGCCUUCUCUACUUUCCCCUCCUUCGGGUCUGUGGGUGCAUGGCUGGAGGCCCUGGACCUUUGCCGCUACAAGGACAGCUUUGCUGCAGCUGGCUAUGGGAGCUUGGAGGCUGUGGCCAUGAUGACUGCCCAGGACCUGGUGAGCCUCGGCAUCACGUCGGCAGACCAUCAAGAGGCCCUCCUCAGCGGGAUCAGCACCCUGCGGGCACGAGUGCUUCAGCUGCAGGGCCAGGGGGUACAGGUGUGAGUGACCCCCCAUUUUACCGGGCCAGGACCUCAGGGAGGGUCCAGACUCCCAGCCCUGUCCAAGGACCCUGGCAAGCUGCUCUCCACUCACACGAGAGUGAGCACUCUCUUCCUUCACUUGGCCACAGAGCUUGUCCGGGGCCACAGCUUCCCUCAUUUCACUUCCUGUCCCAUCCAUCUCCCCCAGUCUGAAUGCCUCAGCUGAUUUAGCUCCACCCCACCCCUGCCCCACUGGAGAAAGGCUCAAAUUCCUGGGGAGGACCCCUGAGAGAGAUUACAGAGUGAGGAAAUUCAAGGUCUCAGACAGAGGUGGGGCAGGGACAGGGAAGAUGGUAAACCUACAUCACCCUAGCUCAUGUUCUUCAGUCUUCCACACCCACUGGGUCUGCUGCAAAGGAUGCACCUUUCUCCGCAGACCCACUGAGGGGCACCCAUUAGGCCUGGCAGUGACCACAGCUUCCUGGCAGCCCAGGCUUGAGAAGCUGGGCUGAGGGAUAAGCUCCUAGGCUCCCUGGACUGGGGCCUACCUGGGCACUGGCCCCUGAGAUCCAGGUGGGUAGAGGUGGUGCUGAGCUCAGGGGCUGGACCCUGACGGCCUUGGAUGCAAGAGCUGAGUUCUGCUUUACCUGCUCUUGGGCUGACAUCUCAGCCAAGGCCACUCAGGGUCCUGGUGCUCUCCUGGGGCCCCAGCAGGCCUCCCAUCACAUUCCUUUUAUAAACUCAGUGGCCAGGGCACCCUGGGAGGAGCAUGAGAGGAGAUGUUUCUUCCCUGGGGACCUCAGGGCUUUGCUUUCCAGCCUUGGAGAUGGUAAAGAGGAGGCUCUCAGAGCUGGACCUUCUCUCUCUAACAGGCUGGCCCAGCUCCCCCCUACACAGAUGGGAAAACCGAGGCCACAUGAGGAGUCGGUGCCAGAGCUGGCCUUAGACCUCAUGUUGCCCCAUUUCCAAUCCAGGGAUGAGGCCAGCUCUGGAGCGCGAGUCCUCGGUCUUGCCUUGUGGCGCCAACAUUAUUCCCCAAGGCAGCCCAGGGGAUACUCUAGAGGUAACCCCUCUUUAUAGCUCCUCCCUCUGGGUACCACCUAGCCUUCAGUGACGUGCUGGCUCCUCUGGCUUCUGCAUGUCUCUGAGCUGACUCUCAAGUUCCCUUAUCCAGAAGGGCUCCUGUGUGAGGCUGGUGCUUUCAGAGGACUGCAGGAAGGCUGCUGGGUCUGGGCCUGGGUCUGGGCCUGGGCCCAGGAUCUGGGCUGAGUCAGUCCAGGUCAUCCUUGAGAGAGGUCUGUUCUGGGUUUGGCUGUGUGGGGGGUGGGGUGGGGUGGGAAAGAAGGAUGGAUGAAAGGAGUGACUGAGACACAGGCUGCCUUUGGAGGGCUUGGACUAGGUGGGAGAUGGGCCUGGGCACCAAGAAGUAACAAGGGUGCCUUCAAACAGUAUGCCGGGGCCCGAGGGAGAGCUAGAGGGUCUGUGGGAAGGUAGGCUAGAGGAGGGGAUGGACAGUGGUGAUGUGAGGUUGUGGAGGGGUGCUGGAAAGGCUUCUUGGCUGAAAUGUCAGUAGAACAGGGCCUUGUAGGGGAGUUUCCUUCCUUAGGGUGAGUGGAGUUUUCAGCAGGCCAGAUGGGAGACCUAGGGCAAGAGAAGCCCAAGAGGGGUGCAGAAAAGCAGGGGGCUGGGAGGUGCAGCACAUCUUUGGGGAGCACCCGUGGUGGGGUAUUGACUCACAAGCAGUGCCUUUGGCUUCACCCUGCCAGCAGCAGCUCUUCUCUCCUUGGGGUCCCCUGCAACCCUGCUCCCCCAUCUACUGAGCACCUGCUCCAGCUCAGUGACUCUGGGGUGUUGGGGGAAACUGAAAUAUAACUCUACCUUUGACAGGGUUGGGGGGGUCUCCUGCCAGGUGCUCUCUGGGCUCUGCCCUCCCUCCAAGGACGUCUGGAAAGGACACGGCCUGGGUGGCAGCGUCCUCAUCUGGGGUGGAGGGAGUGCCAUCCCCAUCUCCAGCUGUAUCAGUCAGUCUCUAAAGGUUCAGACCUCACCCCCUACAACAGCCCUGCAGAGGGGCCCCCUGGCUGUGUUGACAGGACUUCGGUGUCCAGGGUAGAUCUCCCCCUGCCCUCACAACAGUCCUGCAGAGGGGCCCCCUGACUGUGUUGACAGGACUUCGGUGUCCAGGGUAGAUCUCCCCUCACCCCCACAGCAGUCCUGCAGAGGGGCCCCGGCAGUGUUGACAGGACUUCGGUGUCCAGGGUAGAUCUCCUCUCCACUGAGGUGUGAGGUCCCAGAAUCCUGAUGGGUCCCAGGCCCAGCCUUGCACAGGUGCCGGCAUGAUGCGGGGUCAUGGCUCGCUGGGAGCCCCUACAGAUCUAUUUUUCUAUGGAACUUGUUCACUGGACAGAGGAAGGUGGCCUGCAGCCCCAGAACCCCUCUCUGAGCCCACCCAGGGAGGGAGGGGGCUGUUUGGGGAGGUGGUUUCUUUGGCUAAUUCUGGAAAUGUUUUUAUAUCUCUUGGGUUCUACAGUGCAGGACAAAGUAAUAAAAACUUGUCUGUGAUAUGGUACCUCUUGCAGGACAAUUGCUGAACCACUGAACAGUUUGUGCUGGAGUUUCUGGGGGGUCUCCAGAGUAUAUGUCUGAGCUCUCUCUGCACAGAGGGGAAUCACACACUCCCAUUGCCCUGGAAGAUCUCCCAGCCUAGUGGAGGACACAUUUAGGAAACCCCUCCAUGGGUUCGGGUGAAUGAGUGGGUUAGAGGUGUUGGGCCUGUUGCUCUGCUAACGUCCAGCCCAACAGAGGUGUGCAACCAGGGCACAGAGGACCUCCACCACACACACCAACAUGGUAAGUGCUCACUUAAUGUUGUUAGUGAGGCGUGAGGCACCACGGAGACGUACAAUAUGUGAUCAGAAAUUGAAAUGAAUUUCUCUGGGCAGUGAGGCUCCAGAUCUUCUAGGCUCGGCAAGGUGCUCGCUCAUUUAACCAAGCACCUACUAAGUGGCAGGCGCUAGGACGUUAAGGCCUCCUUGUCUGACCCGUUAACUAGGUAACAGCAGUGCCAUGUGAAGAGCGUGGUGAUGGGGAUAAAUUCGGUGUUGGAGUCCGGGAGAGAGCUGCCUGACCUGCUGCCUGGGCAGGUGUGAGGAGGCCCCAGGGGAAGAAAGCUCCCAGGGGAAGACAGGGCAGUGUUCUCGCUGCUCUUAUUCAGCGGUGGCUGAGUUCUGGCCUGAGAGGAGAGCGUCUCGGCUCCUGAUGUCCCCCCAUCACACCGCUCAGGGCGCGAAUGAGACUCCUUACACUACAGCCGCCAGUCGCCGCUGAGCUGAUUCCAACUCAUGGUGACCCAGUGAGUGUCAGAGUAAACUAUGCUCCAGAGGGUUUUCAGUGGCUGACUUUUUGGAAGUAGA